CCCCAGAGUGAAGGAUUAACUUGUCACUGGUUAUUCCUGGGGACUGGGGCUCCUUUUUCUCAGUACACUCAAAGAGCUUUCCAGAAUUCAACUUUGCUUUCUUUAGCAGCCAUUUUCUAAUCUCUUUUCUAACAGACAGUUGUUGGUUAUUGCUUUCUUUUAUUCUUCCAUUUUUAAGAAAAUGUUUAUUUCUGCUAUUCAAGCUGAUAACCUUGUCAAACAUUGAUUUUUCUUCCUGCAGAGCACUGGAAGUAAACAGGCAGGUCUUAUACAUCCCUUGUGAGGACCACUAGGCUGUCUUUUGAUCACAGCCAGCCGUUUGAAGUGUGGUUGCUGUUCUAGAGAAGGACACCGGUAUUGGCAUUCAGAAACAGAGAGACUCAGAGAUUAAGCAGGAAUUUUGCAUCACCUAUUAUCAAGGUCUGUACACAGGACCAACUUUUGGCCCAAUAACAAAUCAAAGAGGAACAUGUGAUUGGAGAAGCUGAUCUACAUAUCAACCUUUCAACCCUUGAUCUACAUGGCUUGGAGACCACCCAGGAUGCUGAGAAAUGCUGCUGCAAAAUGCACUCCAGAUCUCAGGUGAAUGGUCUUAAAAUGGUUGAUGAGCCAAUGGAAGAGGGAGAAGCAGAUUCUUGCCAAGAUGAAGGAGUUGUUAAAGAAAUCCCUAUUACUCAUCACGUUAAGGAAGGAUAUGAGAAAGCAGAUCCUGCACAAUUUGAGUUGCUCAAAGUUCUUGGUCAGGGAUCCUUUGGAAAGAAGUAUGGUCUGCAAUGGACUUGGAGAAAAGGGGGAAAAAAAGACUGGUUGGUCUACACAGAAAGUGUUUUUCUUGUUAGAAAGAAGACUGGUCCUGAUGCUGGACAGCUCUAUGCAAUGAAGGUGUUAAAAAAAGCUUCUUUAAAAGUUCGAGACAGAGUUCGGACAAAGAUGGAGAGGGAUAUACUGGUGGAAGUAAAUCAUCCAUUUAUUGUCAAAUUGCACUAUGCCUUUCAGACUGAAGGGAAGCUGUAUUUAAUACUGGAUUUUCUCAGGGGAGGAGAUGUCUUCACAAGAUUAUCCAAAGAGGUUCUGUUUACAGAGGAAGAUGUGAAAUUCUACCUCGCAGAACUGGCCCUUGCUUUGGAUCAUCUGCACCGAUUAGGAAUUGUAUAUAGAGACCUGAAGCCAGAAAACAUUUUGCUUGAUGAAAUAGGACAUAUCAAGUUAACAGAUUUUGGACUCAGCAAGGAAUCAGUAGAUCAGGAGAAGAAGGCCUACUCAUUUUGUGGUACAGUGGAGUAUAUGGCUCCUGAAGUAGUAAAUAGAAGAGGUCAUUCCCAGAGUGCUGAUUGGUGGUCAUAUGGUGUACUUAUGUUUGAAAUGCUUACUGGUACUCUGCCAUUUCAAGGUAAAGACAGAAAUGAGACCAUGAAUAUGAUAUUAAAAGCAAAACUUGGAAUGCCUCAGUUUCUUAGUGCUGAAGCACAAAGUCUUCUAAGGAUGUUAUUCAAAAGGAAUCCAGCAAAUAGAUUGGGUUCAGAAGGAGUUGACGAAAUCAAAAGACAUCUUUUUUUUGCAAAUAUUGACUGGAAUAAAUUAUAUAAAAGAGAAGUUCAGCCUCCUUUCAAACCGGCUUCUGGAAAACCAGAUGAUACUUUUUGUUUUGAUCCUGAAUUUACUGCAAAAACACCUAAAGAUUCUCCUGGUUUGCCAGCUAGUGCUAAUGCUCAUCAACUCUUCAAAGGAUUCAGCUUUGUUGCAACUUCUAUUGCAGAAGAAUAUAAAAUCACUCCGAUCACAAGUGCAAAUGUAUUACCAAUUGUUCAGAUAAAUGGAAAUGCUGCACAAUUUGGUGAAGUAUAUGAAUUGAAAGAGGAUAUUGGUGUUGGCUCCUAUUCUGUUUGCAAACGAUGCAUACAUACUGCUACCAACAUGGAAUUUGCAGUGAAGAUCAUUGACAAAAGUAAAAGAGACCCCUCAGAAGAAAUUGAAAUUUUGAUGCGCUAUGGACAACACCCUAACAUUAUCACUUUAAAGGAUGUUUAUGAUGAUGGUAGAUAUGUUUACCUUGUUACGGAUUUGAUGAAAGGAGGAGAGCUACUUGACCGUAUUCUCAAACAAAAAUGUUUUUCAGAACGGGAAGCUAGUGAUGUACUGUUUAUAAUAACUAACACAGUUGACUAUCUUCAUUGUCAAGGAGUUGUUCAUCGUGAUCUUAAACCCAGUAAUAUUUUAUACAUGGAUGAAUCAGCCAACGCAGACUCCAUUAGGAUCUGUGAUUUUGGGUUUGCAAAACAACUUCGAGGAGAAAAUGGACUUCUCUUAACUCCAUGCUACACUGCAAACUUUGUAGCACCUGAGGUUCUUAUGCAACAAGGCUAUGAUGCUGCUUGUGAUAUUUGGAGUCUGGGAGUCCUUUUUUACACAAUGUUGGCUGGCUAUACUCCAUUUGCUAAUGGCCCCAAUGAUACUCCUGAAGAGAUACUGCUGCGUAUAGGCAAUGGAAAGUUCUCUUUGAGUGGUGGAAACUGGGACAGUAUUUCAGAUGGAGCAAAGGAUUUGCUUUCCCAUAUGCUGCAUAUGGACCCACAGCAGCGGUACACUACAGAACAAGUAUUAAAACACUCGUGGAUAACCCACAGAGAUCAGUUGCCAAAUGAUCAGCCAAAUAGGAAUGAUACAUCACAUGUUGUUAAGGGAGCAGUGGUCGCCACAUAUUCUGCCCUGACUCACAAGACCUUUCAACCAGUCCUAGAGCCUGUUGCUGCUUCAAGCUUAGCUCAACGACGGAGCAUGAAAAAGCGAACAUCAACUGGCCUGUAAGAUUUUUAGUGUUCCUCAGCCAAACUGGAUGAAUAAAAAUUUAAAUGUGUGGCUUUUUGUCUAAUCUUAUAUCAAAGGCAUUGUUUUCUACUACAUUACUUGAAUAUUCUGUUUAAGCUUCCUUUUUUUAAGGGAGAGUGAGAUAAAAAACAUAUACAGGUCCACAAUAUUCAUACUGCAUUGUUUUUCAGUAGUGUCCAAGUGUUUAUUUAAGUAUAAAAUUGGUGUCUACAAGGUCCUACCAACUUCUCUGCACACUAACUUCUAAAGUUCCUUUCAAAUAAAGUUACUUUAAUAGUUUUUCUGGUUAUGUAAAAUAAUGGUUUGGGGAAUCAUUACCAACAGUUAAGAUGGAAGUAUAAUAGUAUAAUGCCAAGCAAUGUCAGUAUUUUUUAACAUUAGAUCCUGAAAGGAUAGGCUUCUUUUUUUUUUUAAGAAAAUCAAACAAAAAAUGUAUUGUAGAAGCUUAUUGUGUGUAACCAAAGGACUCCAUUCAUUUGACUCUCUGUAGUUACUAAAAUGUAAACACAGUAGUUUAGUGCCAGAUGAAAAAAUCAUUUGUGCUAAUAUGUGAACUCCUAAUAUGGUUGAUGCCAAAUUUUACAGAAGAAUUAAAUCACAGAUAAUGUGUGCCGACAGACCUGUAUAUUAUCCAUAAGUGGCCUCAUCUAGAAAUAAAGGUUUUCAUAAGGCUUCUGUAAAUUUUACAUCUAAUGGAAUUGUAAUACAAGUGAAGAAAUUUUUAGCCGAAGGCUUUAUAUUGGUGUUGUAAUCUACUAAAUAGGUCAUAGUUAAGCCUUUGAAAAUAAAGUACAUGGUGUUGGCACUACCUUGGUGUUAUGUAAGCUGACUUUCAAGUUAACCAAUUGGAUUUAAUUAUCAUCUGUCCCUUUAUAAUGAACUACACUGUUGUUUUUUGGACUUCCAUGUGCUUUGAAUUACAGUGUAGCAUAUUAAUCUAUCUUUAAUCCUGUGGUCAUAUAGUUGAAACUUUACUGUAGUGGACUUGUGAGCUUAGCACACAUGAUAUAGUUAUAAUGCAUUUCAGUAAACUUUAGAUAAUGCUACAUAAUAGUUGACUUCAAGAAGAUAAACAGUCUUUUUAAAUAGGAAUUAAUGUUAAUGAUCUGCAUAAAAUUUGAACACAUUUUAAAAUCAUAUUUAUAAUAAAAAGUCUGGCCAAAUUUGUCCUAUUAUUAAAUUUUAUGAUUCAGAACCACUGCGUAGUAUGUAUUGUUUUCUCUAAAUGAUGGAAUUUGAAAGAAUCUUUUUGUGUUGUUGAAGAAAAUACCAUUACUACUACUUUAAAUACCAUUACUACUGCUACUACUGCUGCUACUGCUCCUGCUACUGACAGAAGGAACUCAUGAAUGUAAACUGGAGGAUAUUACUUUUCUUUAGUGAAUAUAAGUGAUCUACUUGUGCGUGCUUGGUAUACUGUUUGCUGUGUAUUUUAUUUUGCUUAGUUCAGAGAGAGGUGAUUACUGAGUGCUGAAGUAUGCAAUUUAGUCUAGGAGACUUGU